AUGGCGGUGGUGAACGCCUACAUUGUACACGCUUACGUCUGGGAGAAGGAACGAAAGAAGAAGAUGUCACACUACUCUUUCUUGACAACUUUACACAGACAGCUCAUUCAGGAGACGGAUUCCUCCUUUACGGAGGCAGGGACGUCGACUGAGCCGUCGGCUGGAGUACGUGAAAAACCUAUCGCUAUCCAAGGUGACCAUUCCCUCGUCCAAACUACUGACACCCGUCUAAACAACGGUGUCCAUCGUUUACGCCAAAGACAAUGCAAGGUCUGCUCCUACUACAAACCGGCAAACAAGAAGAGGGGUGGAACUUCUACGUUCUAUUGCGUGAAGUGUUCCGAAGGCAAAAGGGGGCAGGUGACACUCUGCAACAAGGUGCGUGGACACCAAGCGAACGAGGGCAUGACUUGA